GCCCGCACCGCAUCGCUUCCCCUGUGCCGUGCCCGGCGGGGAGGGGACCCUGCGCCAGGCCGGGGCUGCCACCGGGUGCCGCCGCCCCGAUGACCGGCCUGUUUACACCGGGGCGGCGCGUACCACGGCGGCGGGGGGAGCGGAGGAACCGGCCGGCGCGCUGAGCCCCCGCCACGCUGAGGCACUUUAGCGGUGCCCCGGCUACCUGGCACGGGGUGGGGGGGAAGCCGGGCCGCCGCCACUGAGGCCCAUCCCACCACCGGGGGAAGGCCGGAUCCCGGCGGGGCUCUUGUUUAAUCCCCCCCGCGGCCGGCAUGGUUCGUCCCGCGCCGCCGCGAUUGGCCGAGCGCUUAAAGGGGCUGGCAGGGCGCGCUUUUCCGCCCUCCGACGCGGCGGCGCGUGCCCCUUUGCCCGCGCGGCGCUCCCCGGCGCGCGGGGCCGGGGAAGGUGGGGGGGGGCGGCAGCGGCGGGCGCGCGGCCCCCCCCGCGGCGACGCCAUGGAGGCGGCGGACGGCGGCCGCCGCGGGACACAAAGGGCGACGCGGCGGCGGCGGCGGGCGGCGCGGCGGGGCCCGAUGGCGGCGACGGUGGCGGGGCCCGGUCCGGGUGGCAGCGGCGGCGCCCCGCGGUACAGCCUGCUGGCCGAGAUCGGCCGCGGGGCCUACGGCGUGGUGUACGAGGCGGUGUCGGGCCGCAGCGGCGCCCGGUUGGCGGUGAAACGGAUCCGUUGUGACGCCCCGGAAAAUGUGGAGCUGGCGCUGGCCGAGUUCUGGGCCCUGACCAGCCUCCGGCGGCAGCACCCCAACGUGGUGCGCUUCGAGGAGUGCGUCCUGCAGCGGCACGGCCUGGGCCAGCGCAUGAGCCACGGCAACAAGCGCAGCCAGCUCUACCUGCGCCUCGUCGAGACCUCCCUCAAAGGCGAGAGGAUCCUGGGCUACGCGGAGGAGCCAUGUUACCUCUGGUUCGUCAUGGAGUUCUGCGAAGGGGGAGACCUCAACCAGUACGUGCUGUCCCGGAGACCCGACCCCGCCACCAACACGAGCUUCAUGCUGCAGCUGACCAGCGCCAUCGCCUUCCUGCACAAGAACCACAUCGUGCACCGCGACCUGAAACCGGACAAUAUCCUCAUCACUGAGAAGUCGGGCACCCCUGUUCUCAAGGUGGCCGACUUCGGGCUCAGUAAGGUCUGCGCUGGCCUGACUGCUCGGGGCAAGGAGGGCGGGCACGAGAACAGAAAUGUGAAUGUGAACAAGUACUGGCUGUCUUCAGCGUGUGGCUCCGAUUUCUACAUGGCACCCGAGGUCUGGGAGGGACACUACACCGCCAAGGCUGACAUCUUCGCCCUGGGCAUCAUCAUCUGGGCCAUGAUCGAGAGGAUCACGUUCAUCGACGCCGAGACCAAGAAGGAGCUGCUGGGGACCUACAUCAAGCAGGGGACCGAGAUUGUGCCCGUUGGGGAAGCGCUGCUAGAAAACCCAAAGAUGGAGCUGCACAUCCCUCAGAAACGCAGGACUUCCAUGUCUGAGGGAGUCAAGCAGCUCCUGAAAGACAUGUUGGCUGCUAACCCGCAGGAUCGACCCGAUGCCUUUGAGCUUGAAACCAGAAUGGACCAGGUUACAUGUGCUGCUUAAAUUCAGGGCAGGGCACUACUGUGCUUUGCAGCUGGGUUUAUUUACCCGGGACCCACAAUCUCCAUUAUUUACGUGCAACAAGAGAGGUUGAAGACGAGGGAAGACGAUACAGAAGAUCCCUGGUCUGCAGGAUCUCUGGCAAUGUGAAAUCUUUGGGUGUUACUUUGUUUUGUUGGGAAGAGGUGUUCUGGGGAGCGGGGGGGCUGCAGGGGCCUGUAGAAGAGCGCAGGCUGGCAGCUCUUGUGCUCAUGAGACUAUUUUAAACAAGAUCCAGAGAGCAAAGCUGCCCCUGCCCAGCCCUCCCGGUGUCUCCUGUGUGGCUGUUUGACUCGGUAGAUGUUUCUAGAGAAGAUUUGGUUCCGUCAGGAGGUGGGAAUCGCAGCCAGCAGCGAGGUUUGCUGACAGGCACUAGUGCCGAGUCUGGCUGGGCACAGCUUUGGGUUUAAAGCUCUUGUUUUGGCUCGGGGAAACAGGAGUAGUGCUAUUGCUGGUUUUGCAGUGGGAGGGCUUUGCUCUAGAAAAAGUGAGUGUCUCGGACCAUGUGUUGCAAGCGGAUGAGUGAUGUCAUAGCCAGGCAGCUUCUGAACAGGCAAAUGCUGCCCAGGCCGUGAGCAGUUGGCGUUAAUUAGGACAGAGUAGCAGAAACAGGCUGGAAAGGCAUUUGGUGAGGCAGGUCUGCUGCUGCGGCGGGUGAACCUUCCUCCUCCCCAGCUGGAUUUCACCAGUGACAUUUGUUAUGGUCUUUCUAUACUGAGAACAACAGGGAGCCUGUAGGUACUUUUUCAGGUGAAUCAUCUGCAUCCAAGAGAAACAGAAAGCAGUUCACUGCGCUGACGUGUUUAAUGUUCAGUCCUUAGGAAAAACACUUGGGAGAGGAGGAGGUUUGGCCUAAACGGCUCACGGGCUGGGUUUUGGCCUUGGCGAAACACUUUUCCCUGCUAGGUAACUAUCUCUGGGAAGCAAAAGGCAAUGCUGCUGUUUGGGUUUGGUGACAGCACAGUGCAGCUCAGGUAAGGAGAUUGGAACCUCACGCUGAGCAGCUAAUACUCGAUUUCCUUGCCUAUAUUUAAAGCAACACUAAUAUUCCGGGGACAACCCCACGUUGAUGGUCUUUAGGCUUUGCUCUCUGUAAAUGUGAUGUACAGCACCACCUCUCCUCCACCCUGCCAGUUCUGAACCACCUAAAACAUUCCUCAUCACACUAAACCCACCACAGUGUUUUGGGGAGCAGCGUCGCUCCCCAACUGCCCUCACAGAAGGAGGGUCCCUCUGAACCCUUGUUCAUGACUGUGGGGGUGUCCCCAUGUCUGUGUGUGGCUGCAGUUUUCCCUGUGUCAGCCCUGGAAGGUUCCUGAACUGGCAGCACCUCCUUGUAUCUCUUCCAUGGACUUUGAGCUCACAGGAAUAACUGCAAGUGCUGUAAACUCAGGUGGGCUAAGGCAGAGACAAGGCAGGGAAAGGAGGGAGGGGUUUCUUUUUCCUUUUCCAUCUAUUCCAGGACACAAAGCUGAGGCUGUCGCUGCAGGAAGGCCAUGUCCCUCUUAGGAGGAUGGUGCCAGGAGGCUCCAGACCAGGAGUCUGUGACUUUUGAAGGUUUGGACAGCACAAAUUUGGUGCCAAGCCCCAGUUUCCACGCUGCUCUUCUCUUUGUUUCUGGAGAUGCUGCUGUGGCCACAGCUGGACCACAACUGUACAGACUCCCUCCCACUGGCUGCUGGGGUCUGGGCAGUUUUGGGGUUGGUUAGCGGGUGCCCUGGCUGUGGAGUGCUCUUGGAGGCUUUGAUCAGUGCUUGGGCUGCUCUCGUUUGUCUCUAAUUAGCAGCAGAUCCCUGCGGCAGCUGUGCUGAGGAGCUGCGGGCGGUUUUCUCCACCUGACAGAGCCUUCGCUCCGGUUAGAGCUGUCAGAACCCAACCCUGGCCUGAACAUGUGCGGUACGAGGGAUUUACCCUCCCAGCCCUGCUCAUGUGGCUUUUCCCAAUGGAAGGGCCCCCCACCGGCGUUAUACCCCAGGAGAAGGGAGCUUCUUAGAUUUCCAUGUGUGGAGAAAAGCCUGGAAGGCAGGAUGUGGGGAUGGAAGGUAGGACCAUUGCCCCCAGCUGGCUCCUGGACCCCACUCCCCAGGGACAGGAGCCAGUCUGGUCACCCCCUCAAACCCCUGGCCACCCUCAAACCACACAUCUCCAGCUCAGCUUUUGCAUUGCAGGUGUGUUUUUGAAGCAGCUUGGCGUUAGUGAGUUAGACCGUAGUGCCUUACUUAGGAUUUAGCAAAUACUUCCAAGGAUGAAAUGUGGGACUGCCAACCUGUGGCCAGCAUGGAUGUUCCCCUCAGUACUUUGUCCUUUUCAGAGCGUUUCUCCCUGAUAAUUUUGCUGCUGUUUGUGCUCAACUCCCUGGACUAUACGGGAACCUGCCUUGUGUUUACAGCCCCUCACAUCUCUCCUUCCCGUUACUUUGGCCCAGACCAGUUCUCCCUCUCAAACAAGGUGGGAACAGCUCAAAUGUGCCCAUGCUGCAGGAUGGGAGAUGUUUGGGUUUCUCUUCCCAGCUGGGUCUGUCGGGUGUCCCCCCUCCAGCUCCUGCAGGCUGAACUGCUGCUGCUGUCGGUGUUUGUGGCUUUGGGAUGUGCUGCUGGGAAAACUCAAGCUUAGGAAAGCAACACAGAGCCUGCUGCCAGUGCCCGGCCUAAAGCCAGGCUGGCUCUGUCUCUUCUGGCCACAGCAAAGCUGAGCAUCCAGGGGCUGGGGGGUCCUGGUCAGUGUGGGGGGAGCCAAGCACCCCCUCCCAAAACCCCGCUGCUCCCCAGGGCCCCCUGCCGGGGGAGUGAUUGUAUGAAACUGUUUACUUCUGCCUAUGCUGUUUACAAGCGGGAUGUGGGGUGGGUGGGGGAACAAGCCAAGCCUCAGGAGGGUUGGGAACUGUGUUAUGUGUACCAGGCUGCAGCAGGGCCCGCUCCACCGGCUCCGGGGAGGAGAGAGCAGCAGCGGCUCCAGCCCAGAGGGGUUCGAUGAGCUCCCCCAUGUCCCCUUGCUGCUGUGUGUGAAGUUCAGCGGUGCUAGUGACAGACCCGAGUUACCCCUGUGGUCUUCCUCUACUCCUCAGGACCCAGCUCCUUCACAUAUCAGAGGCUCCCAGAGCCUUCCCGGAGCAAUAAGACUUAAAACAAGCAUUACCAUGGUCUUGGAAAUCCUCUGUUGCGUGCGUUGUCUGUCUCUUCCGUAUGCAGUACUGAGUCUGGGUUUAAGCCUGCCAAACGUUGUGGGGCAGCUGCUUCAGGGCACAAGCUGGGAUGUGUUUCCCUGUGCUUUCUGCAGGUCAGGAAUCACGCUGCUGCUUUCCUCCUCCCUUCCCUACCUGCGCUGCGCCAGCCUUACACCGCCCUGCCCGGGGGUCCCGGUCCCCGUUGGCACCGUGGCUGUGCCGUGGGAGCCGGCUGGGCGCUGCACCAGGCUCCUGCAGCCCCCGGCUCCCAGGGGCAGUGUCGGGGCAGCAGAGCCCCCGGCUCCCUCGGCCAGGGAUGCUCGUGCUGCUGGAACUGUCGCCAGCAUUGGGGACAGAGGUGCUGGCAGCUCCUCUGCUGCUCAGCUGGGCACCGGGCACAUCCUGCACCCAAAAGCAUUUCGGACAUCAGAGCAGGGUGUCAGAGCGGUGGGCACAUCUGGAAGGUGCAGGGAGCUGUGCUCUCACCAGCUGUGCUGGGACAAAUCCUAUUUCUUUGCCCAAGUGAAGCCCAGACUAGGGGAAGAGGUCGCAAGGGCCCAAGGGAGUGUUUGGUGUCCCCAUCCCGGGCCUUCAGCAAACACCAGCAGCUUUCAGAGCUGCUUCCCUGCAGCACCAGGGGGUGCAGGGACCCUGGUGGUGCUGGGUGAGCCCUGGGACGGGAACCGCUGGCCCAGCACCCCUCUGGGCUCCCUGCAGCCCCUGCAAACCAGAGCUCAGGCUUAAACCCAGACUCCAAACUGAGAUAAUUACAUUAGUAAAUGAACCUGUAUUGGUUUUUUGGGGUUUUGUUUGUUUGUUUGUUUUUGCACAGAAGCUGGUAAUCUAGGACCUAUGUGUGAACAACUUUAUAUAAAUAUUUUUUGUACUUGGUUUACUUGGGUUGGUAUGAGACAUUCUAUUUAAGUUCUUUGAACACUGUGGAUACCCUAAUGUGUAUGAGUGGCAGAGGCUUUGUAAAUUAAGAUAUGUUUGUGUGAAUAAAGCUAUUUGAUGGGGUUGAAAAGCCACACACAACUUGAAACACAA